AGCAUUAUGUUGAAGUUUUAUUGUGUCAUUGCCAUUGUCGUUAGCGCAUUCAAUCAGUCUUUUGCUGGAUAUCUGACUCGUCAAUGUAAAGUUAUGAAUGGCACUUGCGGGGGGAAAGAUUUAACUUGUGAUCGUAAAUUUGGUACCGGUUGGACAUUGAUUGGGAAAUGUUGUGGUCACAGACCGUGUUGUAAAUUUCAGUGUGAAAAUAUUCAGCCUCCGCAGUUUCCAAAUCGUACAGUGACGUUAACUGGACAAGACAUUGGUUCAACUGCAACAUUCAAAUGUGACAUACAAGGAUUUAAACUAAACGGAACAAAACGCAUCACAUGCACAGCUUCUGGAUGGAGCGACGAUAUUCCAACAAAUUGUUAUGAUCCAUGUGUUCCAGAUUUAAACCCUUGUGAACCAGGCUUGAAGUGUGUAUAUGAACCAAAUAAAAGGCUUGUCUGCAAACCUUAGGGUAAAAAGAAUUUUGAUGAGAGACAAAUAUCUAGAGCAAAACAGAGGGAAAUAAUAUUCAAAGGGACAAAAAAAAAGAAUACAU